AUGCAUGCCAACUCUGAAAACUGGAAUUGGUUGCACUAUCCUGAGAUGGUUGCUGAAGAUGAGAGUGCUGUGAACAACUGGGGAGAAAAAAAGAAUGUCUUUGAAGAGGAAUUAGAGGAAGAACAUGUGAUAAUCACAUUAGUUCCAAUAAAAGAGGAAUCUCAAGUGGGUCAUCAGAUGGAACCAAGUACUUCAACUGCACAAGUUAAACCAAAGAAGUCUAGGAAAAAGGAUAAAGUUCAUCUUCCUCAAAUGAAUGAGCAAUUCAAAGCUUGCUCAAAACGUAAAGUACCAAUGCUUCCCUUGCCUACCAUUUUGCCUCCUAUUAAUAAGGUACACCGGGACACUUUGCGGAAGUGGUGCCAACAUUGUAAUUUGAGUACCGACGGCCCGAAAAUAGACGUUUAUCUGAGGCUCCAGCAACAUGCUUACCCUGAGCAAAAACAGGAUAUUCCUGACACACCAGAGGAGGCUAAGUUACAGUUAUGUUCGAAGAAAUGCAAGGUGAUGCCCAAGACAGCAAAGGAUCAAAAAAGUUGUAAGAGAAGGGAGAGAGAAGAAAUGACUAAUAGAGUUGAAGUGAUAACUUCAGCUCAGGAAGCCAUAUUGGCAUCAUGGACAAGAAUUGCUGCAAGAGCAGCUCAGCCUAAGACCGUGAAUUCAUGUCCCAUUCCCACUUCUGUCGAAACCUUUUUGCUUCAAGCCUCUGGUGUCAGAUGGUGUGUGGUCCAUGGCCGAGUUCUCCCUGCAGACACCCAGGGCUGGGUUCGCCUGCAGUUCCAUGCAGGGCAGGCCUGGGUACCUGACACUCCUAAGAGGAUGAUCUCUCUCUUUCUGUUACCAGCCUGCACUUUCCCAUCUGCAGACGUAGAAGAUAAUAUGUUGUGCCCUGAAUGUGUGAAGAGGAAUAAGAAGUUAAUGAAAAGAUUAAUUCUAAUGGGGAAGGAGAAGUGAUCUGCUUCGAACACACCAUCAUCUCUCUUUUUGGAUGGGCAAUGUUUUAAUAAACAGCAAAUAGCCUAGAGCCCAUAGCCAAAUUGACUUGCAUCCCAAUGAUUGCUAUAUGCUGUGUUGUGUGCUAAUCAUCCUCAGUGCUGCCUGCUUUCUUGAGUAUAAAUAGGAAUU